CAGCCAGACCACACAGUAUCCUCACAUCCUCUUCCACAGCAGGUGCUGAAAGGAAAACCAGGCUCAGCCAAUCAGCCUUCCAGAGACACGAAGAGACGACCUCGCCAGCUCAGCAACCAGACAUGGCUCCGUGGGGCGACACCAAACUCUUCUUCUGCAUCCUCUUCAUCACCUGCUGCUGCUACUGCACAGUGACAUUUGCGCAGAUACCCAUGGACUGCUGCUUGAGCGUCAGAAACAGAACAAUUGAUAAACAAGUUGUUGCAGGCUACCGUCGACAGUACAGCGGACAGGGCUGCUCUAUUGACGCCAUGAUUUUUCUGGCCAGACGUGGCAAGAAACUCUGUGUGCCUCAUGACGAGCCGUGGGUCCAAGACUUGGUGAAGCAUGUGAUGAUCUUGGAGAAACACUGCAAGAAGCACAACUACAAGGACAAUCGCUGCAUUGGAGUGCCGCAUCAGUAAAUUGAGAGCGACCUGUGACCCCUCCAGCCACAGCAGCAACAACAGAGCCGGAGAUGACCACUGCACGUCAGCGAGGAGGGAGAAGGGAUGGAUCAAACCAAUAAAAAAAAAAAUAAAUAUAUAUAUAUAUAGAGUGAUUUCUAUGAGUAAAGAGUUUUAUUUACCAUUAUAUUUUAUAAAAUUAUGUUUAAGUUGCAAUGAAAAUAAAACAUUUUGAAGGAUUUAUAUAUUUGUUUUAUUACAUUUCUGUUUUAGAAGACCAAGAAUUGUGGAAGAAAUUUAAGGGUAGCCUAUAAAAUGUGAAAGUUUGUAAGAGUGUGUAGCUGCUCAAUAAGCUAACUCUGAACAACUGAACUACUCAGGCAGCGCCAGUUUGUUUGUUGUAUGGAUUUCUUUGAGAGUUAUUAAUAAAGUCUUGUUUUUUUCUAAAUCCUGA